GUUACCAAAUACGGAUUAAUAAGUCUCUCUCUCUCUCUCUCUCUCUCUCUCUCUCACCAAAACACAACACACAACCCCCCCCCCCCCCCCCCCCCCCCAACUACACCCAUACUUCCUCUCCUGCGUCGUCUUCUUCACCUCGCACUGUCGUCGUGGUUCCCGCCAAUCAUUCUAUUCUCUGAACUAUCCAAAAACCUUAUUUUUCUCACUCCACUCAGUCCAGGUAAGCCAACAUUGGAUAUAUGUCCCACAAUCAAUCUAGGGCUGAGAGGAACGAUUCAUCACAGUACAGAAAACCAGGUCGAUCGGGCAGCAGCUCCGGGCAGCCGAGAAACUUCUCGGGUGGUAGCGGGAAGGGCGGCGGGACCGCCCCUCCGUCGUCUUCUUUGACGACUAGUCGGAGCUUUAAGAAGUCUAAUAACGCACACGGAGGACAAUCUUGGGCAAGCGGUGCAAAUGUAAAUUCAGAUUCUAAUAUUGCUUCUGCUGCCCGUACUCUGCAGAAUGGUUCCCAAAAUCAACCACCAGUACAUGGAGCAGCUGAUGCCCCAGUCACAGGUGUUACUGUCAAGCCAACAGCUGAUAUGGCGCCUCAGAAAAGUGCCCAAGCUGUUCCAAAGGCUCCAUCUUCUCAGCCUGCUGCUGUCAAUGUUGAUACGACAGCUCCUGCAACCCCUACAAAGGGAGAUACAUCUAGGUCAUAUCCUCUUCAGUUUGGGACCAUAAGUCCUGGUUUUGUGAAUGGAAUGCAGAUACCUGCUCGAACUAACUCAGCUCCACCAAAUUUGGAUGAGCAGAAACGUGACCAGGCACGACAUGCUUCUUCCAGAACAAUACCUACAUUUCCAGUUCCAUCUGUGCCUAAGCAGCAAAUCACAAGGAAGGACGCAGGUGCUGGUGACCAAUCUAAUACUGGUGGGUCCCAUCAAAUGCCCAAGGCCAUAAGGGAUUCUCCAAUUUCGUCUGCACCCCCUGUAAGCCAAACUCACAAGGCUUCUAUGCAUCCUAUCCCUGGGGUUUCCAUGCCCAUGCCGUUUCACCAGCCACAAGUCCCUGUUCAAUUUGGUGUUCCCAAUCCACAGAUUCAGUCGCAGGGAAUGACAGCCACUUCCUUGCCAAUGCCAUUCCCAAUGGGAAAUGUUCCUACGCUGCAGCAGCAGGUAUUCGUUCAAAGUCUACAACCUCAUCCAAUGCAGCCUCAGGGAAUAAUGCAUCAAGGUCCGAACUUGAAUUUCACAACUUCAAUGGGUCCUCAGCUGCCUCCUCAGUCAGGCAAUAUGGGAAUUAGUAACAAUCUUCAAUUCACACAACAGCAGGUAGCAAAAUUUGGUCUCACCCGCAUACCUGUCAAGAUAACUCAUCCGGAUACGCAUGAAGAGUUGAGGCUUGAUAGAAGGCCCAAUAUGCUUAGGGAUGUUGGGUCGACUGGGCCCAAGUCACGCCCAAAUGUGCCACCAUCCCAGCCUGUUGCAUCCAUUCGACCUCCACAUUCUAUGAACUACUACAAUUCUUACAACCCCAAUUCUCUCUAUUUUCCUGGGUCAAGUUCUGUUCCUUUAACAAGUAACCAGAUUAAUCCCAGUUCUCAGGCACCAAGGAUAAGCUAUCCAAUUAGCCAGGGCCCACAAACUGUAUCUUUCUUGAAUCCAUCUGCUCAUAAUUCGAGUUUUGAAGUUCCUCAUGAUGUCCAUAAGGCAAAAUCUUCAGCACCAUCAGCUUCUGUACCGGUCACGGUUAAACCAGCUGCUGCGUCACAUGUAGAAAAGAUUGCUGAGUCGUCACUUGGAACUAACCCACCUUCUGUUGAAAAGUGUGGAUCGCCCAAAUUCCUGGAGCAGCCUUGGGAAACUAGCUCAACUCUUCUUCAAAGGAAUUCAGAUACUCCAUUAGAAAGCUCUUCACAUCUGCCAAAACAUGGUCCAGAACUGAUGUCAUUGUCAUUGCCUGUUGAUGGUAAACAGCAUAACGCAGCAUCUCCUUUUCCUGUGGACGGAGCGGUAUCUAAAGCGUUGUUGUCUACCCCUCCUGUUUCCCUUGAAGGGUCUGCACCAGUUUUACCCCAUAGUACUGAAGAAAGAAGAAGAGUAACUGUUAAUAGGUCCGACUCCAUUAAGGACCCACAGAAGAAGCAGAUGAAGAAAGGACUUUCUCAACCACAGCGUCAGGCUUCUGGACAAUCUACCUCUACUUCAGGCUUGCCUUCUCAGACAUUAGAACAUGCUAAUUUUCCCAAGAGUGGAACUGCUGAGACCAUGGGGACUAUAACCACUGUUUCAUCUAGUCCUAGUGGAUGCAUUAUCAAGUCCACCAGUGAACAGGUGGCCACCCCUAGUGUUGCAACUCCUGGCUCUUUAGGAUUUAUUGAUAGAUUGGACACAGAUCAAUCGCUAAAGCUUGAGACUCCCAGAACAGAAGAACAAGCAGAAAUUGUGGUGAAUGAAGGGCCCAGACAAGUUGAAAGCAGUUCUGAGACAUCUUCAGAAUCUGUGUCUUCAAAGUUUUCGGAAGUCAUUACUCAUACUAAACUGAAUUCUGUGCUGAAGGUAACAACCACCUCCAAUGAGGUUGAAUCUGUCGAAACUGCACAGAAGGAUUCGGAAGACCCCAAUGGUCAUUGCGAAAAAGACGAUAUGAAAUCUGAUAAUUUAGAGAUAUCAGUUUCCAGUUCAACGGUGCUGGAUGCGACAAAUGCUAAAACUUCCUUAUGUCCCAAUUUAUCUCCGCGUUCAAAUUGUGAUAAUAUGACUUCAACUUCAGAAGCCUCUUUUGGUAAAAGUGACAGCUUGGGCGGUAGAGAAUCUGUUGUUACAAAGGCUGUUCUGGCAGAUGAGGAGCAAGCUGCUGUUUCAACAUCCCAAUCUGGCUCCAAACCAGCUUCGAAACAUGAAAGGGAAGUUACUGAUGAUGUAAGUAAUAUCUUGGGUUCUCUUACAGCGGCUGAUUCCAAGGAUAUACCUGUCAUAGAACUUAGUAGGUCAAAGAGUAAUAUGGGGAAAGGGAAGAAGAAAAGAAUUAAAGAAAUUUUGCAAAAGGCAGAUGCUGCCGGAACAACUUCCGAUCUCUAUAUGGCAUAUAAGGGUCCAGAGGGAAACAAAGAGGAUAUUGACCCGUCACAAAGCAUGGUCAGCGCCUCUAGUUCUGAUUCUAAGCAGGUACCAGUUGAUGCACAUGAAGAUAAUAUUGGAGAAAGUGAAAAGAGCAGGCAGAAUAAAGCUGAGCCAGAUGAUUGGGAAGAUGCUGCUGAAAUCUCUACUCCUAAGCUGCAUCCUGUAGAUGACGGAAAUGCUGUCACAGGCAAUAAGUAUUCAAGAGAUUUCCUACUAAAAUUCUCAGAGCAGUGUAGUGAUCUUCCGGAGGGCUUUGAAAUUACAUCUGAUAUGGCCGAGGCCUUGAUGGUUUCUACUGUCAAUGCUUCUAGGGAGUCAAACCCUAGUCCUGGAAGAUUAACUGACAAGUCAUCAGGGGGACCUAGACUUGACCGCCGUGGGAGUGGCAUUGGCGAUGAUGACAAGUGGAGUAAAGUACCUGGCCCACUCCCUUCAGGAAGGGAUCCCAGAAUGGAUGGUUAUGGGGGCAAUAUCCGAACUGGCCAAGGGAGCAAUUUUGGUGUUCUAAGGAACCCACGUGCACUGACACCUGCUCAGUAUGUUGGAGGGAUCCUGUCUGGGCCAAUGCAGUCCCUGGGUUCUCAAGGAGGUAUACAACGAAAUACCCCUGAUUCUGAUAGGUGGCAGCGUGCUUCUGGUUUUCAUAAGGGUUUAAUUGCUUCUCCUCAACCUCCGGUGCCGGUGAUGCACAAAGCUGAAAGGAAGUACGAAGUGGGUAAAGUAACGGAUGAGGAACAGGCCAAGCAGAGGCAGUUAAAAGCUAUUCUUAAUAAGUUAACGCCGCAAAACUUUGAAAAACUUUUUGAGCAAGUCAAAGCAGUCAACAUUGACAAUGCUGGUACUCUCACCGGUGUGAUCUCACAGAUAUUUGAUAAAGCUCUAAUGGAACCAACUUUCUGUGAAAUGUAUGCCAACUUCUGUUACCACCUUGCUGGAGAGUUGCCUGAUUUCAGUGAAGACAAUGAAAAAAAGAUCACGUUUAAGAUAUUGCUUUUGAACAAGUGCCAGGAGGAAUUUGAGAGGGAUGCAAGAGAGCAAGAAGAAGCAGACAGGGCUGAACAGGAAGGUGAGGUUAAGCAGUCUGAGGAGGGAAGAGAGGAGAAGAGGAUCCGUGCACGGAGACGGAUGCUGGGCAACAUCAGGUUGAUCGGGGAAUUGUACAAGAAGAAGAUGUUGACUGAGAGAAUAAUGCAUGAAUGUAUAAAGAAGUUGUUGGGGCAGUAUCAGAAUCCAGAUGAGGAAGAUAUUGAAUCUUUGUGCAAAUUAAUGAGUACAAUAGGAGAGACGAUCGACCAUCCCAGAGCCAAGGAACAUAUGGAUGCGUAUUUUGAUAUGAUGUUCAAGUUGUCAAACAACAUGAAACUGUCUUCCAGAUUAAGGUUCAUGUUGAAGGAUGCUAUCGAUCUGAGAAAGAAUAAUUGGCAACAGAGGCGGAAAGUUGAAGGGCCAAAAAAGAUCGAUGAAGUGCACAGGGAUGCUGCUCAAGAACGGCAGGUCCAAGCUGGUAGGCUAAGUCGUGGUCCAGGGGUCAACACUUCAACUAGGAGUCGUCAACCCAUGGAUUUUGGUCCCAGAGGGUCAAGUAUGUUUUCUCCUCCGAGUGCUCAGAUGGGUAGUUUCCGUGGGUCACAACUUCGUGGUUUUGGAACUCAGGAGAGCCGAUUGGAUGAUAGACACUCCUUCGAGAAUAGGACUCUGUCGGUACCUCUGCCCCAGAGACAUAUUAGUGAGGAUUCUAUUACACUUGGACCCCAAGGAGGUCUUGCAAGGGGAAUGUCCAUCAGGGGACAACCAUCAAUAGCAAACAUCCCUUUAACUGAUGCACCAGGUCUUGGUGAUUCCAGAAGAAUAACAGCUGGUCUGAAUGGGUACAGUUCUGUAUCAGAACGGACGGUUUCCGGAAGAGAGGAUCUCAUGCCAAGAUACAUCCCGGAUAGGUUUGCGGGUUCUCAUGAACAGUCAAGUAUACAGGGUCGCAAUAUGAACCAGGGUAACAGGGACACAAAGAAUGCAGAUCGCAAUUCCAGUAGUUUGCCGGAGUCACCAACCAUUCGUGGUCAGGGACCAGGUUUUGCGCAAAAUGUUUCAUCUGAUAAGGUUUGGCCGGAAGACCGCUUGCGAGACAUGUCCAUAGCAGCAAUUAAAGAAUUCUACAGCGCCAAAGAUGAGAAGGAAGUUGCACUGUGCGUAAAGGAAUUGAAUUCCCCGAGCUUUUAUCCCACGAUGAUAUCUAUCUGGGUCAACGAUUCUUUUGAGAGGAAAGAUAUGGAAAGGGAUCUUUUGGCCAACUUACUCAUCCACCUUUCACAACCUCGGGAUGGCACGUUAAACCAAGAUCAUCUCAUCAGAGGGUUUGAAUCUGUUCUUUCUACUUUGGAAGAUGCCGUAAAUGAUGCCCCCAAAGCAGGAGAAUUCCUCGGCCGUUUCUUUGCAAAAGUUAUUUCUGAAAAGUUGCUUCCAUUCUCAGAUAUAGGGCAAUUGAUAUAUCAAGGUGGGGAAGAGCAAGGAAGUCUGGUAGAGAUAGGGCUUGCGGCUGAAGUUGUCGGAACCAUCCUGGAGACUAUCAAGUCAGAGAAAGGAGAAUCCGUCGUGAAUGAGAUCCGUACAAGCUCUAGUUUGAAGUUUGAGAAAUUCCGACCUCCAGAUUCUAAGAAAUCGUGGAGACUAGAUAAGUUUAUUCAUUAGAGGAUAGUGAUGCUCAUUGUACGUUUUAGUAGUUAGGGCUUUUCAAUCAAGCAGUAAUAUGGGGAUUCAGAAUAUGAGGGGUUUGCCCUUCCAUGUUUUGGUAUUAUUUUCGUAUAAAAUCUACAGCAAAAGGUUCAGUUGGGCA